GAUAAUAUUCUGGGAUAAUAUCUAAUAAAAUAUAUUUUGUUUUAGUCAUCGUCAAUUUUGAAUUAAAAUUAUAUUAUUAAAUUACAUUGAAAACUUUAAAUAAUGAAUCAAGCAGAAUUAGGACAUUUAGUAUCAAAACUACGAGUUCGUAUUAAUCCUCGCCAUAGAAAUCUCAAACAACCAGAAGGCCCGUCUGGUCGGUUAAAGAAAUUACGUAAAGUAGUCAAUGGUUUAUUUAAGUAUGAACGUUUAGAAUUAAAUUAUACGUUAGCUGAUGAGGCCAGAGGAUAUGCUGAACGUUUAAUAUCGGAAGCUAUUAGACAUGGAGAUACUCAUAAACCAACCAUGGAAAUGGCUGAUUUUUGGAUAGAAGAAAAACAGUUGGUUCAUAAACUAUUUAAAGUUCUUGUUCCUCGUUUUGUAGAUUAUAGCACGUCAUAUACACAAUUGUAUAGAGCGCCAAAGGCCUAUCCUGACAAUGUAUACCCACGUUCUGUGUUAGAACUUAAAGGUAACCCAUUUCCUUCAAUUUUGCCUAAACGUUCUGAAGAAAGAAAUUUUAUACACAAUGUACUACUUGAUGAAGCCAAAAAAGCUUAUAGAGCUGAAAAAUAUGAAGAAAUCACCAAAUCUUUAGAAAAAAAUGAAAAUAAUGCCAUAGAUGAGGUGCAGUAGGUUGUUAUAUUUGCUAUAAAUAAAGACCCCUUGAAUAGUCACUGUAUUAAGUUUGAUAAUUAAAAAUAAAUACAUCUUAUUUUAGAUCUAAAAUAAAUAUUUAAUUAUUUUAUA